GAGACUCACCGGUUGCCGGGGUACAACAACGUGUAUGAGGAAUCGACGAACCCCUAGAAAUGCAGAUUUCAAACGUGAACGAUGUGAAGAUUUACAAUCUAAGUUAUGGAAAGUCCCUCCCUGAGUGGUUGUCAGAUCGAAAGAAAAGACAGCUUCAGAAAAAAGAUGUUGACAUCCAGCGGCGGAUUGAACUCAUUCAGGACUUUGAGAUGCCCACAGUGUGCACCUCUAUCAAAGCGUCCCGAGACGGUCAGUUCAUCCUGGCAGCAGGAACAUACAAACCCAGAGUUCGCUGCUAUGACACAUAUCAGCUGUCCCUUAAAUUUGAGCGAUGUUUGGAUUCAGAUGGUAGGUUUUUCUCGUGUAUCUUUUCUAGCCCCUUCUGGAACAAUGGGUUUUACUGUUUUCUUUUUUCUUCUUCUUCUUACAGUUGUAGCUUUUGACAUCCUGUCAGAUGAUUACUCAAAGCUGGUUCUUCUGCAGUGCGAUCGCCAUGUGGAGUUCCACGCCCAACAAGGCCACUACUACAAGACUCGGAUCCCAAAGUUCGGACGGGACUUUUCCUACCACUAUCCCUCCUGCGACCUCUACUUUGUGGGGAUGAGUUCCGAGGUGUACAGACUGAACCUGGAGCAGGGGCGCUUCCUCAACUCCCUUCAGACAGACGGCGUGGAGAACAAUGUUUGUGACAUCAACCCUGUUCAUCAUUUAUUCGCAACUGGAACCUCUGAGGGAAGGGUCGAAUGUUGGGACCCUCGCAUCCGGAACCGAGUGGGCGUUCUGGACUGCGCCCUGAGCAGCCUGACUGAAGGAACAGAGGUUCAGGGUUUACCGUCCAUCAGUGCGCUGAAGUUUAAUGGUUCCCUCACCAUGGCAGUAGGCACCAGCACUGGACAGGUGCUGCUGUAUGACCUGCGUUCCAGCCAACCGCUGCUGGUCAAAGAUCACUUCUACAACUUGCCAAUCAAAUCUUUGAACUUCCACGACCAGCUGGACCUCAUUGUGUCGGCUGAUUCCAAGAUCAUAAAGAUCUGGAACAAAGACUCGGGGAAGCUGUUCUCCUCCAUACAGCCACAGAGUGACCUCAAUGAUAUCUGCAUGUACCCCAAUUCAGGAAUGCUUUUCACGGCCAAUGAAGACCCCAAAAUGAACACGUUCUACAUCCCGGCUUUGGGCCCGGCUCCUCGCUGGUGCUCGUUCCUGGACAGCCUGACGGAGGAGCUGGAGGAGAGCCCGGAGAGCACGGUCUACGACGACUACAAGUUUGUCACUCGCAAGGACCUGGAGAAUCUGGGUUUGUCUCACCUGAUUGGGUCGUCUCUCCUGAGAGCCUACAUGCACGGCUUUUUCAUGGACAUAAGGCUGUAUCACAAGGUGAAAACCAUGGCAAAUCCUUUUGCGUAUGAGGAAUACCGCAAGGACAAGAUCCGGCAGAAGAUCGAGGAGUCCAGAACGCAGAGAGUCCAGGUUCAGAAGCUGCCGAAGGUGAACAAGGAGCUGGCUCUCAAGCUGAUGGAGGAGGGAGAUGAAGAGGCAGAGCUGGCUUCCAGGAAGAAGAAGGGCAAGGCUCUCCCCACCAUCCUGGGAGACGACCGCUUCAAGGUGAUGUUCGAGAACCCGGACUACCAGGUGGACGAGCAGAGCGAGGAGUUCCGGCUGCUCAACCCCAUCGUCUCCAAGGUGGGACAGAAGAGGAAGAAGAAGCUGCGGCUGCUGGCUCAGCAGGAGGCCGACGUCCAGCAGGCGGCAGAUGAAGAAGAGGAGCCAGAAGGGCGAGCCAGCUCUGAGGAAGAGAGCUCUGACGACGACAAGAGCUGGGUGGAGGAGGUGAGGGAGCAGCGGCGGCUACUGCGGCAGGAGGACAGAGACCGACGGCGGCAGGAGAGGAGGGAUGCUGACCGCAACACCGUCCUGCUGGAGCGGAAACAGGGCAGAGGAGACGAGACCGAGAGCAAGAAGACAAGUCAGCUGCAGUUUUAUCAGCUCAAAGCCGGAGAGGAGUUCAGGAGUUUUGGCGACAUGGCCCACAAGCAGAAACUGCAGAAGGCUUCUCUGGAGGAGAGGCUAAAGUUGGAGGAAAGCUCAGGAAUCAGCAGCACAGCGGACACGGCGGUGGGCAGCAAACAGCUGACCUUCACUCUCAAAAAGUCGGAGCAGCAGAGGAAGCAGCAGCAGGCGGAGAGAGAACACCACGAGGAGAGGAAGAAGCUGAGACGCUCUGCCGGGCACCUGAGCAGCGCUCGUGGGAGAGGACGGGGGAGAGGAAGAGGAAGAGGAAGAGGCCGCUUCUGAAGAAAGACAGCACAACUGAGAUCAAAUGUGUCUUUGACUUUUUUUCCACCUAGUCUCCUCCUGCCUGUGGUCGGAGAGAUUAAAUCAGACUGCAAGACCAGAAAAUAAGUGUCAAUCCGAUUUAGUGGGAAGUUUGUUCAACUCCUGGGUGGUCUGAGCCCCCUGUCUGCGAACUCCAUGGAUAUUAAAAACAGACUGCCGCUGUCAGUGUCUGUGUUAAUGGUAAAACAAGAUGACAUGUCAGAGUCCUGUCUGCGAAUAGAUCGCUAGCUGGUUGAGAUUUCAGGAAACUCCUCAAAAGGCUAGUUUCAAACCAGGACAGGAACAAAUGUGUUAUUUUAACAAUGUUUUGAUAUUUUCUAUUGCUGACCCAUAAUUUUGUUAAUGUAUAAAUUAAAUUUUGCAAUAUAUUUGUAGAAAGCUCUUCCUUCAUUCAUCAUCUAAAUUUAAUGAUUUUAGAAAUCUUUUGACCAUGGUUUUUGUGGUGUCCAUUCACAUUGUUGUUAGAUUAUUUUGCAGAAUUAUCGGAUACAUUUUAGUUCUUCACGAAAGCUUUAUUACCUUAUAGCAAAAAUGUAUAUUUUCUAUAUUUCUUAACAAACUUGUCAUCUACCCUUAUAGUUGUAUUAUAAGCAUGGCUGAAGCUAUGAAAAAGCUCCUAGGUGAGAGGGCUGAAUGUCCUUGCAGUCAUUGCAUUUUGUGCACAAUGGAAACAUCCUAAAAAAAUGUGUGAAACUUGUAUCUAAGGAUAUUAAUGAAAAGUUUAGUGGAAGGAAAAAUGUUGUUUUUGAAAGCCAACACAUAGAGAUGUACCCAGAACACAAACUUCAGCUGUUGUGUUCUAGAACCACUGGGAAAGGGAAAUAAAAGCCUGGACUGUCGUCCGAAGUCCUCUUUUCAGAUUAAGGUAAUGUUUGCUGAUCAUUGUAGAGUUGAAGCUAUGGACGACAUCAUGCAUCUGCUUUUCCUGUGCAUUUAACACAGUCCAGUCUGACUUAUUCUGUGACAAACUCCAGAAGAGAUACUUUUCAGAAAAUGGAAAACGUAUUGGUCACAACAAAAGUGUCUUAAGCCAGAUGCUUUUUCAGAUCUCCUGACUGCUACAGGAAAUCCCUCCUCCCCACAGCUGUAACAAUGUCCUACAACUCUGAAUAAACUCUGAUAGUUUGAG